GCGAAGUCAGGAAUACUGUGGAUUGAAUGAAUGUGUGACAUAUUUAUUCUUUGUGAUCGGUCAUAAAUGCACGGAGGACAUACACAGGGUGAGGUAGAAAGUACCGUGCCGCACCGAUAGGGGGCGGUGCUGCAGUGCUGUCCCAGCAGCAGGAUAGGCAUAUGGACUUCAUCGUCAAAGAAAGGCCUGCGAGACAGACACAAGAGAGUUGUUAAAAUACCUCACUGAAAACGGUCACAAGGUGAGCCUCUCCAAAUUGCAGUGGGCUUCGGAGAAGGUCACCUAUCUGGGACACGUGAUCUCGUCAGACGGUAAGUCCCUCUCUCCAAAAAGGAUUGCAGCGAUUCAAUCCAUUCCAAACCCACAACAAAACAAAUGAUGAGUUUUCUUGGCAUGACGUCAUAUUGCUGUUAGUGGAUACUCAACUAUGCUGCGCGAGAGGCUCCACUGUCAGCAAUGAUAUAUGGGAGGGGACUAGAGUGGACUGAAGAUGCUGACAAAGCUUUCACUGACUUAAAACUGACACUGCAGACUGCACCAACUUUAGGAUUACCAAAUCCUGAUAAACCAUUCACCCAGACAGUGGAUGAAAAGGGUGGAUACAUGACAUCUGUUUUAUUGCAGGAACAUGGAGGGCGACAAAGACCAGUGGCAUAUUUCUCAUCCAAAGUGGACUCAGUAGCAGCAGGCCUCCCCCUUUGUCUGCGAGCAGCAGCAGCAGCUGAAAAGGCACUUGUAGCUUCACGUGACCUUGUGGGCUACUCUGACUUAACCCUUUCUGUAUCACUGAUCCUCCUAGAGCAAAAAACUACACAUUUAUCAGCUGCUCGUUGGUUAGGGUACCACACAGUAUUACUGGAGAUGCCAAAUGUAACAGUUAAAAGGUGCACUGUGCUAAACCCAGCUUCACUUCUCCCCAUAGUAGCAGAUGGUGAACCUCAUGAUUGUAUAGCAGCUAUUUCUGAAAUCUGUUCUCCCAGGCCCGACCUACAGGAUGCACCGCUGACUAACUCUGAUCUGGUGGUCUUUGUGGAUGGUUCGGCAUCACCCAACCCAGACACCGGUAAAAAUCAAGUAGGCUAUGCAGUGGUCACAGAACAUGACAUUCUAGCCUCUGGUUCAUUACCAUCUCACCUUUCAGCUCAAGCAGCAGAACUUGUAGCACUAACAAAGGCAUGUGAAAUUGCUAAGGAUCAAACAGUCACUGUUUACACUGAUUCCAGGUAUGCCUAUGGGGUAGUGCAUGAUUUUGGCACAUUGUGGAAACAACGGCAGUUCCUGACUGCUGCAGGGAAACCCAUUGCACAUCACAAACUAGUGGCUGCAUUGCUAGAUGCCUUAUUACUCCCAAAAACCAUAGCUGUUUGUAAAUGUGAUGCUCACACUAACUCAAAAGACUGUUUCUCUAGGCAACUCCAGAGCCGACGCAGCAGCAAAGACAGCAGCUAAAAAGAAUGGGAAACCAGACCACAGCAUUAACAUCAAAACCACACUAACUCCAUCUCCUAACACAGAUUUACAGGCUAUCCAGAGCAUGGCUACCCCAGAGGAAAAACGGGUAUGGAAAACAGCGGGGGCUUACAUGACAGGUGAGAUUUGGUAUGGUCUUGAUAACAAACCAUGUCUCCCCAAACCUUUUUUUCCACAUUAUGCUAAGUUGACACAUGGGAGGGACCAUGUGUCAAAAAGAGGGAUGGUACAACAAAUGCAGCAGCACUGGUUCACAAAGGGAUUCCAAAUUUACUCCCCAAAAUUUUGCAAGUGUUGGAUGAUUUGUGCAACUAAUAAUGUAGGCAGAGGCAUUCAGACUUCACCGGCAGCACAUCCACCCCCAGAUAGGCUUUCUGUACAUCUACAAAUGGACUUCAUAGAACUCACACCAUGUGAAGGUAAAAAGUAUCGCUUUGUGAUUGUGCACAUGUUCUCAAAAACGAGUCGAAGUUUUUCCCUCUAGCAAACAAGAUGCAGGCGCAGUGGCCAAAGCCUUACUGCGAGAAGUCAUCCCAAGGUGGGGAAUUCCAGGUAAGCUCAGCAGCGAUAAUGGAGCAGCUUUUGUCAGUACAGCUUUAAAACAGGUGAGCGACUACCUUGGAAUGGACAUCAUUGCGCCAAUCAUCCAGCUAGUAUCCACCAAAUACAGGGAUGGGGCCCAGAGGACAUCCUUUUCGAACCACGGAACACUGUGAGGAUGGAAUGUUACGCUACUGUAUAAAUCUCUCAUCUGCUCUGACCUCUCUCCAUAAGCAGGUUAAAGCAGUCCUUCCACAACCAGCCCAAACUAACCUACACCCUCUCAGACCAGGAGGCUGGGUGCUGAUCAAAGAUUUCCGGAGAACCAGCUGGAAGCAAAAACAUUGGCAGGGACCAUUCCAGGUACUACUGACAACACAGACAGCAGUUAAGGUCGGAGGUCGUGCAACUUGGGUUCAUGCCAGUCAUUGCAAGAGGAUCCCAAAACCACAGGAAUAACUCAAUUUUCCGCGUUGACACUGAGGAAGACAACAAGGGUGUACGACGUGCUCUGCCCUUUCAGCCUGCAGCUGCGUUGGAACCAAAGGUAAGAGUGAGGGGUGAAAAAGCGCCCUCCUCCAACAGAAGCGUGCCAAGCUCCAACAAAGUGACGUGCAGAGUGAGACUCUGUGUCACCCACGAGGGAUCAGCGAUGGAACGCAGACACCUGCUGAAACAAUUAGGAUGGCAUGGGGUGAGAGGCUCAGAGUGUUUUUUGAUUGUGACAGUUAUUUGUGUGAUUUGUCCGGUGAUUUUUUUUUUACAUAGAAUAAAUUUCCACAUGACUUUCCAAACAUCACAGGGAAGACUCAUGAAUCACGCAAGGCGCUCACUUUCUGAGGACUUCAACCCCUUCUCUAGUCCUGACUUUAUAAAAAAAUAAUUUGUGGCUACAGUAUGUAAAUUUCACUGCAAUAUCACUAACAAAUUACUGAUGUACAUUCUGUGUGGCAGCUAGACCAGUAAUGCUUAUACCAGUUCCUGACGCCUCAGAAACCUGUGCUUAAGAUCCUCGUUAUCCUAGCAACAAUUAUAGCUGUAAGCUCCUUUGUGAUAUCCAUAUUAUGCGAUUCCAGAAUUUUGUGGUAAUUUCCUUCCAUCAAGUGAUUUUACUAGGCCUCCAACACGCUUUGAACCACCCCAGGAUGUACUUAUUCCUUCAGAGCUAAAUGUAACUGUUUCAUCUCCACAACACAAUAACUA